AUAAGAAAUAUUUAUCUGAAUAUAUGUCAACACAUUUUUGUGGAUAAAACUGUGAAACUCAGCCAAAAUACUUCAGUCUGAUUGAAUUCCCCUCAGACGCUUUCCUGGAACAAUCCGUUCUUUGCAGCUAUGGAUCUUGUAGGUUUUUCUAUUUGGCUGCAGUUGUUCCUCUGCUCAUGUCUGGGACUGGAUUUUUUAGGCACGCCAGGUCAGUGGGCACGCUACCUCCGCUGGGACGCCAGCACCCGCGGUGACUUCAGCUUUCAGUUCAAGACGGAGGCCUCCGAGGCGCUGCUGUUGUACUUCGACGACGGAGGCUACUGUGACUUUCUGCAGCUGGCGGUGGUGGAGGGUCGGCUGCAGCUGCGCUUUAGCAUUGACUGUGCUGAGACCACGAUUGUGUCCAACAGACGGGUGGACGAUGGCAGCUGGCAUGCCGCCACAUUGAGCAGGUAUAACCUGCGCACAGUACUGGUACUGGACGGCCAGGCCAAAGCAGACGAGGUGCAGCCUCAGCGCCAGUUCAUGAAAAUAGUCAGCGACCUUUUCCUGGGUGGAGUGCCUCAGGAUAUUCGCAACGGUGCACUUACACUGCCUACAGUUCGAAACAUGCAACCCUUCCGGGGAACAAUCACAGACCUCAAAUACGGCAACUCUCAGCCCCUGUUCCUGGGGAGCCUUAAGGUGCCCCUGGAAUCUGAAGGCUGGUGCACCAUGAACCCGUGUGAGAACGGUGGAACGUGCAUGGUGGUGGAUGGACAACCGGUCUGUGACUGCUCCAAAACGGAGUACAAGGGCCGCUUCUGCAAAGAAGAAGUCGGCAAGAAAAUGCCAGGUUUUGCACAUAUGAUGGCAGAACAAGCUAAAAGCAAAGCAAGAGAAGAGAAUGUAGCCACCUUCCGCGGUUCGGAGUACUUCUGUUACGAUCUCUCCCAGAACCCGAUUCAGAGCAGCAGCGACGAGAUCACGCUGUCCUUCAAGACGUGGCAGCGGAACGGCCUCAUCCUUCACACGGGAAAGUCAGCUGACUACGUCAACCUGGCGCUGAAGGACGGAGCCGUCUCCCUCGUCAUCAACCUGGGGUCUGGGGCUUUUGAAGCCAUCGUGGAGCCCGUCGACGGGUCGUUCAUCGACAACACGUGGCACGAUGUAAAAGUGACCCGCAACCUUCGGCAGGUGACAAUAUCAGUGGACGGGAUUCUAACCACCACGGGUUACACCCAGGAGGACUACACCAUGCUGGGUUCAGAUGACUUCUUCUAUGUGGGGGGGAGCCCCAGCACAGCCGAUCUGCCUGGAUCUCCUGUUAGCAACAACUUCAUGGGCUGCCUCAAGGAGGUGGUGUAUAAGAACAACGACAUCCGUCUGGAGUUGUCCCGGAUGGCUCGAAUUCUGGACCCGAAGAUGAAGAUUCAAGGCGAAGUUGCAUACAAGUGUGAAAACGUGGCCACGCUGGACCCGAUUUCCUUUGAGACCCCAGAGGCCUACAUCAGUCUCCCCAAGUGGAACACCAAGCGGAUGGGAUCCAUCUCCUUUGAUUUCCUAACGACCGAGCCCAAUGGACUCAUCCUCUUCACUCACGGCAAACUACAGGAGCGCAAAGAUGCAGCCCGGAGUCAGAAAAACACCAAGGUGGAUUUCUUUGCAGUGGAGCUCUUGGAUGGCAGCCUGUACCUCCUGCUGGAUAUGGGCUCAGGGACGAUAAAGGUGAAAGCCACCCAGACAAAAGUAAAUGAUGGGGUCUGGUACCAUGUGGACAUCCAGAGAGAUGGAAGAUCAGGUACCAUCUCGGUAAACAGCAGACGGACCCCGUUCACAGCCAGCGGCGAGAGCGAAAUCCUGGACUUGGAAGGGGAUAUGUAUUUGGGAGGCCUUCCAGUCGACCGCUCCAACCUCAUCUUACCAACCGAACUCUGGACAGCAAUGCUCAACUAUGGCUAUGUUGGCUGCAUCCGAGACCUUUUCAUCGAUGGCCGGAGCAAGGACAUCCGUCAGAUUGCUGAGGCACAAAAUGGCGCAGGCAUCAAACCCUCGUGCAACAAACAACAGGGGAAGCAGUGCGAGAGCUACCCGUGCAAAAACCGUGGCAUCUGCAAAGAAGGCUGGAAUCGAUUCAUCUGUGACUGCACUGGUACUGGGUACUGGUCACGCACCUGUGAAAGAGAGGCCUCCAUCCUCUCCUACGACGGCAGCAUGUACAUGAAGGUGGUGAUGCCCAACAUCAUGCACACGGAGGCCGAGGACGUCUCCCUGCGCUUCCGCUCCCAGCGGGCCUACGGCCUCCUCAUGGCCACCACCUCCAGGGACUCGGCCGACACUCUGCGGCUUGAGUUGGACGGGAGCCGCGUCAAACUCACAGUCAACCUAGACUGUAUCAGGAUAAACUGUAACUCCAGCAAGGGACCGGAGACCCUGUAUGCUGGGCAAAAGCUCAAUGAUAAUGAAUGGCAUACAGUGCGUGUGGUGCGUCGAGGCAAAACCUACAAGCUAACGGUUGACGAUGAUGUAGCAGAAGGCCAAAUGGUGGGUGAUCACACUCGACUGGAGUUCCACAACAUCGAAACGGGCAUCAUGACCGAGCGCCGCUUCGUCUCGAGCAUCCCGUCCAGCUUCAUCGGCCAUCUGCAGAGCCUUAGAUUUAACGGCAUGCUCUACAUCGACUUGUGCAAGAAUGGAGACAUUGAUUACUGCGAGCUGAACGCUCGCUUCGGGAUCCGUUCCAUUAUCGCAGACCCCGUCACCUUCAAGACCAAGAGCAGCUAUCUGAGUCUGGCCACUCUCCAGGCCUACACGUCCAUGCAUCUGUUCUUUCAGUUCAAGACCACCUCCCCCGACGGCUUCAUCAUCUUCAACUCUGGAGAUGGCAACGAUUUCAUUGCUGUGGAGCUGGUUAAAGGGUACAUCCAUUAUGUGUUUGAUCUUGGUAAUGGACCCAACCUGAUCAAGGGCAAAAGUGAGAGGGCGCUAAACGACAACCAGUGGCACAACGUGGCCAUCACAAGAGACAACAGCAACACACACACACUGAAAGUAGAUGCUACGGCCACAAGUCAGACCAUCAAUGGGGCCAAGAACUUGGACCUGAAAGGUGAUCUGUUCAUCGCGGGGCUGGGUCCAGGCAUGUACGGGAACCUGCCCAAACUGGUGGCUUCCAGGGAGGGCUUCCAGGGUUGUUUGGCAUCCGUGGACCUCAACGGUCGUCUGCCGGACCUCAUGAACGACGCCCUGUUCCGCAGCGGGCAGAUUGAACGUGGAUGUGAAGGUCCCAGCACCACCUGUCAGGAGGACUCUUGUGCCAACAUGGGGAUCUGCAUCCAGCAGUGGGAAAACUACACCUGCGACUGCUCCAUGACCUCCUACACGGGGACGCAGUGCAACGACCCUGGAACCACGUACAUCUUUGGCAAAGGAGGAGGACUCAUCCUGUUCAACUGGCCGGCCAACGAGAGACCGAGCACCAGGACAGACAGACUGACGGUCGGUUUCAGCACCUCCCUGAAAGACGGCAUCCUGGCCAGGAUUGACAGCGCUCCAGGUCUGGGGGACUAUAUGAUGCUGCAUAUACAACAAGGGAAGAUUGGUGUGACCUUCAACAUCGGCACUGAGGACAUCAGUGUGCAGGAGAGCAGCACCCCGGUGAACGAUGGGAAGUACCAUGUGGUCCGGUUCACCAGGAACGGUGGCAAUGCAACCCUGCAGGUGGAUAACUGGUCAAUCAAUGAACACUUCCCAACAGGGAACAGCGAUAUUGAGCGCUAUCAAACGGCCAAUAAGAAAAUUCCUUUCAAAUAUGUCAGACCUGUAGAAGAAUGGCUACAAGAGAAAGGACGACAACUAACAAUUUUCAACACUCAAGCAACAAUCACAGUCGGGGGCAGCGACCGAGGCCGACCAUUUCAGGGUCAGCUGUCGGGUCUUUAUUAUAACGGCUUAAAGGUGUUGAAAAUGGCUGCGGAGGCAAACCCCAACAUCAGGAUUAACGGCAGCGUGAGGCUGGUAGGCGACGUGCCGGGUGUGGCCGGGUCAGCCAAGACCACUGCCCUGUCUCCAGACAUGUCCACUACUUUUAUUGAAACGACCACGAUGAUGUCCACCACAACCACACGGAAACACAGAUCCUCCUCGACUGUUCCGAAGCACCCAUCAGAUGACAACGGGUCUUCUGCAGAGUGUUCGAGUGAUGAUGAAGACCUGGAGGAGUGCGAUACGAGCCAUUCAGCACUCCCCACAGAGCCAGGCGUCAGGCGAGUCCCAGGGCCCUCGGAGGUGGUCCGUGAAUCUAGCAGCACCACCGGGAUGGUCAUCGGAAUAGUGGCGGCGGCAGCCCUGUGCAUCCUCAUUCUUCUGUACGCCAUGUAUAAGUACAGGAACAGGGAUGAAGGCUCCUACCAGGUGGACGAGAGCCGGAACUACAUAACCAACUCAGCCGUGCAGAGCAAUGGCGCUGUGAUAAAGGACAAACAGCAGAGCCUGAAAAACAGCAACAAGAGACAGAAAAACAAGGAUAAGGAGUAUUAUGUGUGACUGUGAGACUUAACUCGACAGAGCAAAGGCAGAAGAAGACAGAAGGCACUAAGAUAACUUUUAUUAUCAGUUUCCCUGUGAGGAGCUGUGACAAAUGAUGGUAUAACAUGGAACUUGAAUAAUCCUAUACUGUGCUGAGUAGUUGAACUGAUAUGUACUGUAACAUAAAGCACACUUAAUAUAAAGCAAAAAGCUUAACGACAAGGUUAAAUAGCAACUUUAGAAACCUUACACUUUUAUCUGGUCAGAGACGUUGUCCUUAGAAAUAUUUCACGGCAUCAUUCUCCUAAGUGACUUUUAGAGCUACGUGAUCCUUGGCAUUAAACAAUUUUUGUGGAAUUGUCAAUUACAAAAGGCUCGUUAUCUUAUACGUUUCCAGCAUGUAAGCAACAAGUAGUGCUUAACGAGAGGGUGUCAGGCGCACAAUGGUUGUACAAGUACAAAAGACUCUUGUAUCAAAAUAUUACAAAUUUUUAUGGUUUCUAAAUAUUAUAAGUGUGGUGUCUUACUUAUUUUUGCUUAAAGCAAAAGAAAAAAGACAAAAAGAGCAGACAGACAACUAUUCCUGUGUGUAAAAAAUGAAUCAAAGUGAGCCAGUUGCCGAGGGCAGACCUCAUACCAUCUGUUUGCUCUGGCAUCUAAUUCACCACAAUUAUUCUCAUUGUCUGACAGACACAGUGACUCUCUUUGUGGAAAGAAUUUGCCGGUUCUCUUGGUAAGAAGCGCCUGAUUGUAAAAUGCAUGCCAUCCUGAUUCCACAGUAAGGUACAGUACAGUAAAAGUCCAGUAUAGAGUGUUCAACUUGGAUCGUGCAAAAACACUUCUUCAUCUUCAGAUCAGGACUUUUUGAACCCCUCAAAAGGUGUUACAGAACAACGGUCUAUUAUCGCUGCACAGCCAGUGGUGGUUUUAUCUUUUUUGCAGAAGUGUGUGUUGGUUCAUUGCCUAUCAUUCUC